CAAUUUUAAUUUCUUGAUUACAAAAAAUUUAAAGUUCUAAAAGAUGAAAUUACUAGCAGUUGUGGCAAUGGCUGUGCUGGCUAUAUUGAUUGUCCUAUUAAAAAUUAAAGUGCUAUUUGUCCUCCGCAGAGAAAGCGCGUGGGCUGCGCAGCUGAGCGAGCUGCUGGCGGAGGAGGGCGUGGGGCUGCGCUCCACGCUGCGCAUCUUCAUAGAGAAGCUGGAGCUGGUCUACCGGCGCUCGCGGCGGCGCGCGCGCAAGCGACAGCGGGCCUCCAUCGCCACCAACGGAGACCAGGAGGCACCGCCAAAGGAUCUGCGAGAGGUUUUUGAGGAGCUGAAGAAAAUUAUGCCUGCCGCGGAACUCCAGAAGCUGUACCACAAAAAGAUGCAGGAAAGCGAACCCUUCCGGAAGUUCGUGGACUUGCUGGUCGGAGAGCACGGCCAGUACAAAUAA